AUGGCAAUUGCGAUAAUCAGGGUCACGGUAGUUUCAAGUAAAAAUAAACCCUCAGACUUAUCAUGGCUUUACUUCUGGAGCAAUAUUGAACUGGUGGUUGCUCUCAUUGUAUCAAGCCUUGCCUCAUUCCGAUCUCUCUAUGUGAGCAGUCAACCCAAACCUACGAGCAGCCGAAGCACGAAUAUAUUUAAACGAAGUCUGCCAAGAACUAGAGGUAUUUUGUUAGACGAUAAAACUUAUACUCCAGUUCUGGGUACAAAGCGAAGCGAUGUUGAGAUACAGAAUUUGCGCACUGCUUCCAACAAUUCUUCGGGGUGA